AACCAGAGGAAACCCUCUCGUGUUCCCCCUACCCCCUUCCCCGCUUCCCCUCUCCUCGCCGGCGGCAAAUUCAAGCUCAGGAGGUCGUAACUCGGAUUGUUUGAAGCGUAAAUUUCUCUAGGGUUUCGGCGGGUCAGCGAAGGACCGGACCUGACACGGGGUCAGGCGGAAUCUUCGUGAUGGCGGGCACGAAGGCGGAUGCGAAGGCGGAUACCAGUGGCGGCGGUGGCGGCUCUUUCAGCGAGAAGGGGCUUGCCGAGAAGCUAACUAAACUCAACAGCUCCGCGGCGAGCAUCCAGACACUUUCACAUUGGUGUGUUUUUCACCGGAAGAGAGCCAGAAGAAUCGUCGACACAUGGGAGAAACAGUUUAAUAAUGCAACAAAGGAUAAGAAAGUGUCAUUCCUGUAUCUAUCAAAUGACAUCCUGCAAAAUAGCAAACGCAAGGGUGGAGAAUUUGUGAAUGAGUUCUGGAAGGUUCUUCCUGGAUCACUUAAAGAUGUUCAUGAUAGCGGGGGAGAACAUGGAAAGAAAGUGGUCGCAAGAUUAAUAGGGAUUUGGGAUGAGCGGAAGGUUUUUGGAACCCGUAUUGAGAGCCUAAAAGUUGACAUCCUUGGUGAGAACCCUCCUACAUUGGAUAACAAUGAUAAUGGUUCAAAUCCUAGCCCUAAUCCCUCUUCAAAUCCCAAAGCUGUUCGGAAGGAUUCCAGUACAUAUAUAAAAGAACUGACUGUUUGCGGGAUGCCUGAAAAGAUUGUGACUGCAUAUCAGUCUGUAGUUGAUCAGUAUUUUGACGAGGACGCAGCUUUAAACAAAUGUAAGACUACUGUUAAUGUGUUGGAGAAGAUGGACAAAGAUGUAGAUAAUGCUUGUACCCAUGGUAUUCCUCAAGCAUCAUCAUUGGUUUCUGACCUUCAAGAACAGGAAGCAGUCCUCAAGAACUGCAUCGAGCAACUUGAAAGUGUCGAUACAGCUAGGACAAAUCUGAUUAAUCAACUAAAAGUAGCUCUCAGUGAACAGGAAGCAAAGUCGGAGCUUCUUCGCACUCAGUUGCAAGUUGCUCGAGCAGAGGCUGAACAUGCCAUGCAACUCAGACAACGACUUGGUGGUGCUCCUGUUACAAAUGGUGCAGGCUCUAGUUCUAGUCCAUCCAUGGUUACAUUUACAUCAGAGCAAACAGCUGCUGCGGUGCAGAAUUCAGAAGCAAGGCCAAUAUCUCCUCAGUUUCAGCCAGUGCAUCAAGCGACCUCACCUCCCACCAUGACCAGUGCUAUGGUUGAUGAGCCCAAGAUAACCGCAGCAGCUAUGGCAGAUAAGCUUGCAUCUUUAUCAUCUGGCCAGCAAGUGCUGUCCUCCAUUUUCUCAUCUCUUGCCGCUGAACAAGCUGCUUCCAUAAAUGGGGGUUCGCCUUCUGGAGAACUCUCUUCAGGGCCUCCCGGCUUUGACAGACCAAAGAGGCCUAGACUAGAGCAGCAGGCUGGUGAUACGGGGGCUCCCCCUUUCUUUGCCCAAGUACCACAAGUGCAACAACAGAUAGGAGCGGCACCUACUUCUCAUGGAAGCACACAGUCACUAGCACAGGUUAACCAAGUACCAGGUUCAUUUGCACCACCUCCAUUGCAGCCUAUGGUGCCGCAACUUAUGCAGCAAUUUAGUCAAAAUACUGGAGGUCCUGGAGGAAUGUUCGGAAUGAUACCCUUUGGGAUGAUGGCUGGCUCUUUGCCACCUCCACUUCCAUUGUUGCCUGCAGGUUUUGCAAUGCCAAAUGGACCGCCGCCUCCACCUCCUCUGCCACCCAUGCAGAACCACCACCAGCAGCAGCAGUCUCCACAGGCACCACAGCAAUCUCCAACAUCAACUGGAUUCUUCCCAACUUCAAGCACUGGGUUCUUCCCUCCAGUUCAGGUGCAGCAAUCUCCAUCCGUCCAGCGGCAAUGAUGUUAUCUUAUGAAUGUCGGGGUAUAAAGGCAGCAGCUUGUGCUAUCUUUGUACAUUAACAAUAAUCCCCGAGUAUUAUGCGGUUAGGUUACAGGUCCUGUAGGCGAAACAGGAUCACUGCCUACGAAAAUAGGCGUACGGCUUGUGUGAUGUAUAACUGUUCCUUUUGGUCUGAAAAGCUUGGUCGAUACUUCCUGACCAUAUGAAGUAGUUAGACUUUUCUUUGCAUAGCUUGCUUAAUUAGCUCAGAGACAAACAAAUGGGUGAUACUGUUAGCUUAAAUUGUUGUUGCCCAAUGAUGUUAACAUUUUAGGGCUACUCGGUUGUAGAACUUACGAAUAGAUGGGAUCUGAACUGUAACUAUUUUCAUGUACUCAUAUUGUUGUUCACGUUUAUUUAUUAUUAUUUUAUAAUGUUUGCCCUGCAA